GGACACACAAGCAGGAAUAUCUCAGAAGGACAUCUAAUGUUAUCCCCGGAUUGUGACAUAAAAGAUAAUGACAGUAGACAGGAUUCUCCAGGAGAUAACCCCAUUACCCCAAUUAUACAUCCAGCUCUAUCAGCUGGUCCCUCUGAUCCUGGGAAAUGUUCUCCUGAUCACUCUGAUAUUGGUGCAUCUGUUACAGCUCUGAGAGUAGAUACAGUGAUUCCCUGUUCUAUAGAUGCCAAAUGUUUUACACAGAACACAAAGCCUAUUAACCCACGCACAGGUAAGGCAGGUGAAAGGCCACUGAUAUGUUCAGAGUGUGGGAAAUGUUUUUCGCACAAAUGUUUUGCACGGAAAUCAGACCUUGUUACACAUCAGAGAAGUCACACAGGUGAGAAGCCAUUUUCUUGCUCUGAGUGUGGGAAAUGUUUUGCGUGGAAAUCAAAUCUUGUUACACAUCAGAGAAGUCACACAGGUGAGAAGCCAUUUCCAUGUUCUGAGUGUGGGAAAUGUUUUGCACACAAAUCAGCUCUUCUUAUACAUCAGAGAAUUCACACAGGUGUGAAUCCAUUUCCAUGUUCUAAGUGUGGGAAAUGUUUUGCAAGACAAUCACUUCUUGUUAUACAUCACAGAAGUCACACAGGUGAGAAGCCAUUUUCUUGCACUGAGUGUGGGAAAUGUUUUACCCGGAAAUCCCAACUUGUUACACAUCAGCGAAGUCACACAGGUGAGAAGACAUUUCCAUGUUCUGAGUGUGGGAAAUGUUUUGCACAGAAAUCAGAUCUUCUUAGACAUCAGAGAAGUCACACAGGUGAGAAGCCAUUUCCAUGUUCUAAGUGUGGGAAAUGUUUUGCACGGCAAUCAAUUCUUGUUAUACAGCAGCCGGUGAAGGGAACAGAGAAUGGGUGUUAUGUGGCAAGUCUGAUUGGUAGUAAAGCUGAGCUGUAG